AUGAUGAGCCUGGUCUUAGGUCGAUUGGUUUUGCACAGCGGGGCGUUGACGACUGAAAUCGUCGACUCGCACGUGCAGCGUGCCAUCGAGUUGUUGAACGCGGACGACGGGAAUCAAGACGUGGUGAGCAUGAAGCACUACGCCGCAGCUCUGACGCUGACCGAACUCGCGCGCAAUGCGCCUACGAUCUUCAACGUCCACGUACCAAUUUUUAUCUCGUCCAUCUGGACCGCUUUGCGCGAUCCAUCUUUGAGAGUGCGCGAAGUCGCUGUCUUGGCGCUUCGCGAGUGUCUGAUGGUGACGGAGCGCCGAGAGACGAGAUAUCGCGUGCAGUGGUACUACGCGUUGUACGAAGCCUGUCGAGCAGGAUUGAAGCAAACUUCGAAAGUAGAAGAGAUACACGGUUCAUUGUUGGUGUUCGGCGAAUUACUGAGACACACUGGCGAGUUCAUGUUGAGUCGCUAUCGCGAAGUGGCGUUGACGAUUUUGCGGCUUCAAGAUUUUAAGAAGUCAAUCAUACGACGAACGAUCGUGAGUUUGAUUCCCAAGUUAGCAGCAUUUAGUCCACAGCGCUUCGCGGAGUCGUACCUGGUCGAGUCGUGUGCGUUGAUCCUCACGACGAUUCGCUCGCCGAACGAUAGCGGCGCCGGCUUUCAAGCGCUCAGUCACCUCGCCGACGCAAUGUCGUCAGUGAUAGACGUUGAUUCAGAUGAAGUCACAGUUGGCAGCUCUUUACUGAGAGGACCGAACGCGUAUCCAGAGGCGCUCGAGUGCGCCGGGGCUUUGAUGAAUUCGCUCCACUUAGCGUGGAAGCCGCAUUUCGUAAACUUGUUGAUGCCUAUGUUCACCGCGGGGUUGUCCAAGUCGCUCGUCAUAGGGCUUGAAUCUGCAGCCCAAGGUGCACCGGAUCUGUUGCCGUCUAUCCAAUUGAAACUGGCAGACGCUAUUGCGAGCGCGAUUCAUCAGGAACCGACGACGGAGAAGAGCUGCCCGAUGCCACCGAACAAAAAGAUCGUGCAACUGGCGCUCAAAACGAUGCGAACUUUCCCGUUCGAACCGACAGUGUUACUUCGAUCGAUUCGCAAAAAUGUCAUUUGCUACCUGGACGAUUCGUCAGCUGAGUCACGACUCGAAGCGGCGCUGACGUGUUGCAGCGCGUUGCGCCUCAGAGUGGGAUCGAGCAAGAGCGUGACGACCGCGGUGGAGAACAUCAUGGAAGCGCUCAUUCCAGUGGCGGUCGGCGACAACGAUGCAUCGAUCAGAAAUGCGCUGUUGACUGAAUUUUGCAGGCCGAGCGCAUCGAUAGAUUCGUACCUAUCGCAGGCAAAAUCUCUCAGGGCGUUGUUUUUGACAGUGAACGACGAGAGUGUUGCCAUACGCAUGUUAGGUAUUGAGCUGCUUGGACGCUUGGCGACGAGGAAUCCGGCGUACGUCCUUCCAGCACUACGUGUGCACAUGCUGCAGCUUUUAGCUGAGCUCGAAUAUAGUAGCGAAUCCCUGCAUAGAGAGGAGAGUGCCAAGGCAGCAGUACUUGGCACGAUCGGCGAGCUUGCAAAUGUUAGUGGAUAUGGCAUCACGCCAUUUGUUCAAGAGCUUCUCAUUCUUCUAUUGAUAGCGCUGAAAUCGGCAAGCACUCGCGACCAUGCCGUCGUGACUCUCGGCAAGCUCAUCGAGAGCUCGGGAUACGUCGCUGAGCCGUUCACGACGCACCCGCAGCUUUUGCCACAGUUGCUCCGAAUGCUGGCAAACGAACGCGGUAUUGUCAGGAGCGAAGUACUGCGGACCCUGGGAAUUCUUGGUGCGCUCGAUCCGCAUGCGCACAGAGGAAAUGAAAUUCGUUUGCACGGAGAGGGUGUACUAAGCGAAGAGGGCGUCGAUGAUUUAGGCAAUAAUGAUGACGGUGACGAAGAGCUGGAUAUACUACCGAUGCUUCAUUUGACGUCGCUAUCCGAUGACUAUUACCCGACGAUAGCGCUGAAUUCGUUACUUCGUGUGCUGCGAGAUCCUUCGCGCACGAGCGUUCGUCACAUGGUGGUGCGAAGCAUCGUGUACAUUUUCCAAGUCCUCGACACGGCUUGUGUUCAAUAUUUACCUAGCGUCGUCCCAGUCAUGCUGAGUGUGAUUCGAACGAGUGAUGAUAGCCUGCGUGAAGGAAUGUUUGUGGAGCUCGCUACUCUGGUGGGUGUCAUCAAGGCACAUAUUCGCCGAUACUUGUCGGACAUCUUCGAGCUGAUGAAUAUUGCAUGGGAUAGAAGCGGGAUGUCCAAAAAUACGCUGCUUUUGUGCGAAGAGCUUUCCGUCGCUUUGAACGACGAGUUCAGAAGGAGUUUACCCAUGAUUGUUCCUCGCAUAGUUUCGUCGCUCGCAGAGGCUGAGCGCUUGCGCAGGUACGAUUCAGUACCGUAUAUUCUUCACGCCUUGGAGACGUUCGGAACUUCGCUCAACGAUCACCUCUACUUGAUACUUCCGACGCUUGUGCGCAUUUUUAAACCAAGCGUUUUGGAUAUGCCGCUUGACAUCAAAAGAGGCGCUCUGCAGUCUCUGCGCAGACUGCUACCGCGCAUGCGCUUGGCGGACCAGGCUGGGAUUGUCGUUCACGCGUUGACGAGAGUAUUGGACGUGGAGGACGUAGAGCUUCGUUUAGAUGUACUAAACGUGCUCAUAUCGUUGGAGGUGUCUCUUGGGCGCGAAUAUGCGCUCUUCUUGCCCGUCGUAAAGCGUGCUGUUUCAAAGUGCGGCGUCAAGGAUCCGGCGUUUGACGACAUGGUCAAGCGAGUCGAAAGUGGUAAUCCGCUACUCUUCGAUGACCUUGAAUCUGAAUCGCUAUUAAUCGCGUCAGCCACGGAACAUAGAAAACCUGUGCUUCAAAAGCAUCUUUCAGUGAACCAACUUGCCGUUCGCCGCGCUUGGGAGAGCAGUCAGCGGUCUACCAAGGAAGAUUGGCUAGAAUGGAUGCGAAAACUUGCGUUGGAUCUGUUGAAGAGCUCACCACUGCCGUCGCUACGAGCGUGCAGUGAGUUAGCGCAAGUGCAGCCGAAUCUUGCUAGGGAUCUAUUUUGCGCUUCGUUUGUUUCGUGCUGGGCCGAGCUGAAUGAAAGCCAUCGAGAGAUUCUAGUGCGCUCGCUGGAAGCCGCUCUCGGAAGCCCGACCAUUCCUCCUGAGAUCGUCUCAGUUUUGCUCAAUCUCUGCGAGUUCAUGGAACACGAUGAAAAGCCAAUUCCAGUUGACGUGCGGACGUUGGGUAUGAUUGCUGAACGCUCCAGAGCUUACGCCAAAGCUUUGCACUACAAAGAACUUGAGUUCAUAACGAACCCAGGUGCGUGCGUCGCAGCCAUCAUCGCCAUCAACAACCAGUUGCAACUUCCCGAGGCGGCUCGAGGUGUGCUCGUGUACGCGCAAGAAAACUUGACGGUCGACAUCAAAGAGUCGUGGUACGAGAAACUUGAACAAUGGGACGAUGCUUUGGAAGCGUAUAAAAGAAAACUGGACGAGCUCGCCAGCGUGGAUUCACCUCAAGCGAUGGAAGAAAGACGUGAAGCGAUGGUGGGGCAGCUUCGAUGCUUGAACGCACUCGCGGAGUGGGAAGAAAUUCAGAGAAUCUACGAAGCUGGGAAUCAAGCAAACGUCGAUUGGGACGAGUAUCGCAACGAUGUUACUACGAUUGCCGCGAAAGCUGCUUGGCAUCUUGGAGAUUGGGAGCAGAUGGAGAUUUUGAACACUACUGAUUGUGACUUUUACAAGUCCAUUCUCGCCAUCCGUCGAGGCGCACAGGACGAGGCGCGGGAGCAUCUUGCCGCCGCGCGCGAGAUGCUCGGCACGGAACUCGCGGCUCUCGUGAGAGAGUCUUACGACCGUUCUUACGGAGCGCUCAUACGAGCGCAACAGCUAACUGAGCUGGAUGAAGUGAUUGAAUACGCGCAACUGACUGCGGUCGCUUCACCCGCGGCUGCGCGGCGACAAGAGAUCAUUCGAAAAAUGUGGCGCGAUCGAAUCUACUUGGUCAAGCGUGACGUCGAGGUCUGGCAAGAGCUCUUGCAAGUUCGCUCAUUGGUGUUGCCCAUGAGCGAAGAAACUGAUAUAUGGCUUAAGUUUGCCUCUCUGAACCGCAAACAAGGGCGCGACCGUCAAUCACGUCGAACGUUGUUGCGCCUCCUUGAGUAUGACCCAAUCAUGUGUGCCGAGGGCAAGCCAGGAUUCGGCGCGGGUUCUGGGCGCCCUAAAGUCAUGUUUGCGUUCGUGAAGCACUUGUGGCACACAGGACAGAAAAGGCAAGCUUUUAUGCGUCUUCAAUCUCUCGCACACGAGUUGCGAGUGCAAUUGGAAAACAUGCGCGCUUCUGGUCAGACAGAGACGGAUCACAACAAGACGGUCUCGCGAGCUUUUCUCAAACUCGGCAAAUGGCGCUGGGCGCUCACCGAUAGUAUGAACGAUGAAACACUGACUGAUGUGCUCAUGGCGUUCAGAACCGCGACAUCUGCGGACCAGCAUUGGUCCAAGGCGUGGCAUCACUGGGCAUUGUUCAACGCCACGGCCAUGGAACAUUUCCAUCGCCAAGGUGGUGCGUCAACAAAGGAUGCGAUGCAGCACGUCGCGCCAGCAAUCAGUGGAUUUUUCCGAUCAAUCUCUUUGGCAGGCUCAUCCAUGAAAGCCAAGGGUGGAUCACUGCAGGACAUUCUACGCCUGCUCACACUUUGGUUCAAUCACGGUGGCUCGCCCGAAGUCGAAACGGCCUUGAUCGCUGGGUUUGGACACGUAAACAUCGACACUUGGCUCGCCGUGAUCCCACAAAUAGUUGCGCGAAUUCACACGCACGUCUUACCUGUGAGAAAUUUGAUUUAUCAGCUUCUGGUGCGUGUUGGCCGACAGCACCCGCAGGCGGUUCUCUAUCCUUUGCUCGUGGCAUGCAAGAGCCAGAGUACAUCGAGACGAGCCGCGGCGCACGCGAUUUUGGACAACGUGCGACAGCACAGCGCCUUACUCGUCGAGCAAGCACAAAUCGUUUCUCUCGAGCUCAUUCGAGUCGCGAUCGUGUGGCAUGAGGCCUGGCACGAGGCUUUGGAAGAAGCGUCACGUCUAUACUUCGGCGAGCAAAACGUCGAAGGUAUGAUGGCAGUAUUGACUCCAUUGCAUCACAUCUUGGAACGCCAGGGUGCUGAAACUCUUCAAGAGAUGGGCUUCGUGCAAAACUACGGCCGCGAGCUUCAGGAGGCACACGACUUGUGUCAAAAGUACCGCCAAAGUAAGCGCGAAGAAGAGCUGAAUCAAGCGUGGGACUUGUACUAUCACGUUUUCAAGCGUAUCACCAAACAGCUUCCUACAAUGACGACAUUGGAACUUCAGUACGUGUCACCGCGUUUGCUCAAUUCGCGAGAUUUAGAGCUGUGCGUUCCCGGCAACUAUAUAUCUGGACAGGUGGAACAAGCCCAGAUUAGAGCCUUCGCGCCGACUAUGCACGUGAUCACGUCCAAGCAGAGACCGCGACGACUGCAAAUUCAUGGAUCCGAUGGUAAAGACUAUGGUUACCUCCUGAAAGGUCAUGAAGAUUUGCGCCAGGACGAACGCGUGAUGCAACUCUUCGGUUUGGUGAACACGUUGUUGAACACGACCAUGGCCACGGCACAACGAGACUUGGGCAUCGCUCGCUAUGCCGUCGUCCCGCUCUCCCCGAACAGCGGUUUGAUUGGAUGGGUGCCUAAUUGCGACACCCUUCACGCGUUGAUUCGUGAGUACAGAGACGCGCACAAGGUGCCACUGAAUUUGGAACAUCGCAUGAUGCUCGCCAUGGCGCCGGAUUACGAUCAUCUACCCCUCGUGAAUAAGGUUGAGAUUUUCCAACACGCCGUUGAAAACACUUCAGGUGGCGACUUGGCACGAGUUUUAUGGUUGAAGAGUCGAAGUAGUGAGCAAUGGCUCGAGCGCCGGACGACGUACACGCGAUCUCUCGCCGUGAUGUCUAUGGUAGGCUACCUACUCGGCCUCGGAGAUCGCCACCCAUCAAACUUGAUGGUGGAUCGAUACAGCGGUAAGGUGCUUCACAUCGACUUUGGUGAUUGCUUCGAAUCGUCGAUGUACCGAGAAAAGUUCCCUGAAAAGGUCCCUUUCCGACUCACUCGCAUGCUCGUCAGGGCGAUGGAGGUGAGCGGCAUCGAGGGCAACUUCCGAAGCACGUGCGAGAGCGUCGUGACGGUUUUGCGCGACAACAAAGACUCUGUCAUGGCGAUGUUAGAAGCCUUCGUGCACGAUCCGCUCAUCAACUGGCGUUUGCUGACGAACAAUGUUCUCGCCCCAGACGGAGAAUCGAUGAAUACAUCAGCGCACGACGCGCAAACAAGCCCGGCUGAAACGCCGACGCCGAAUCGCAGCCGCACGAGCACGUACGGCAUCGAUGACGGGACAAACGAUGCACUGAAUGAACGAGCGGUGAGUGUCAUGCAACGCAUGAGCGCGAAACUCACAGGUCGCGACGGCGAUCAUCAUCACGUCGAAUCGAUGCAACCGGAUUCAGUCGAGAUGCAAGUCGAGCGAUUAAUCUCUGAAGCUACGAGCGCAGAGAACCUCAGCGUUAGCUACGUGGGGUGGUGCCCGUGGUGGUAAAACACAAAAUUUGUAACAACA